AUGGCAGAUGGGGAGGAAAGUCCAAGAGUGGAGGCCGCGGUUUUUGUUUGCGCGUUGGCGCUGGGAGAAGAAGUGGCGGAAGAAACUCCAGCAAUGCUUCUAUCAUUAAUUGGGGAGAACCUGCCAAGUACGUGGCGUUUGCUCGAACACCCUCGUGAUGUACCGGUUAGAAGUUGCUGGCUGCGGAAAGCGAACUCCCUAUGG